CAACCUUUAACUCAAGAUCAAAUUCAAAAAACGAUUAUAGCUAAGCCCCAGGUGAAACAUGAUGUUUACGAUUUUCUUAAUUAUUCUGAAAAAUAUCGAGAUGAAGAGUACGAAAUGUAUUGCAAAAAAAACAAUCAAUUUUUGGACUGUGCAAAGCAGUAUCUAUUGGAAAACAGAAAAGUUUUAAACAGUUCUAAACCAAGAGUCACUGACACACUUGACGAUUUUAUGCAAAAAAAAAUUGAGAUUGAUGAAAUUACUAAUGAAGAAGAUAAAGAUCUUUCAAAUGGAGCACUUAUCAGAAAACGAAGUUUAAGAAAAAUUCAUGAAGUCAUCACUCGUGAUGUAGAACAAUGUAGCACUGACCCCUGGUUUAGAAGAUAUAUAAUUCUUAACAGAUUUAUUCAUGUUGCUAGAAAAGUAAUUUUACAAAACAGAUUAUUAAAAAGACUCGCUAUUUUAAAGAGCUUAACCGAUGAUGAUAUCGAAAAAUUAGAACAAAGUGGACGAAAAUAUGCUAACAUUUCCUAUGAACACCUAUUUGAACGUUUUGUUAUGUAGAAGUAAAACGAAAUAAAACUUUGCCAUGUAAACUUAGAAAGUUGCGCUCGUUUAAAAUUUGGCGCCAAUAGUGUGGGUUAAAUUAUCUACCAUGUUGGAGUUCAAAUGACGCACAAGGAAGUAGUUCCAAUAGAAUGACAACAGCCAGUAGUUUAAACGUCCUAACCUAAAAGUAAAAUGGCUCAAAUUUUAAUUAAUAAAGUUUUAAAUAAUGAAAUAAGCUUAGAAAACCUUCAAAAUUGGAUUCUACAUGAUGAUGGCAAAAUUACUAGUUUACGUACAGAUAGUUUCAACACUUCUCCAGAAGAUUUUAUAUCUUAUUUUUUAAAUUUUAUCCACGAAAAGUCUGUAAGUGAAGAAAAAAAUAGUGAAGAUACCCCUUUAAAAUGCAGCACACCAAAGCAAAAAGAGAGAAUAAUUUCAAAAUCAUUUGACGAGGACACUAAAAACUGGCCCCAAUUGCUUCCUGAACCUCAGAACGUUUUAAAAUCACCAAAACAGUUUUUAAAAUCUACCCCUACAGACUUAAAAAAGACCCCCAUAAAAGCCACCGAAAGUCCUUAUCGGUUGGAGGAAAUCAGUUGUCAUAUAUUAAACAUUUCGAAUCCAAUUUCACCCCUUCACAGUUACUCAAACGGUUUUGCGUCCCCUAAAGUCAAAAGACCAUUACAAUCACCCAAGUCGUGUGAUAAAGUAUCGAACAUAUGUUUAGGGGAUUUUUUAGUCAAGCCUAAAAUUUUAAAUAAAAAACGUUCCCAAAAGAAAUUAAGCGACACCGAAUGUGGCGAUGAUCAUAAAGAUCAAAAUGUUAAGUCGCGCAGAAUAAAUCCUACGUGUUUAAGUAAAAAACUUAGCGAAAUUGAACAAACAGGAAAUUGUUUUAAUUUUAAAUCGAAUUCUGCGGAAGUACAAGUAGAAAACAUCAUCGAACAAAGGAACGUUUUGUUAGAGGAAAGAAUAAAAAUACUUUCGCGCACAAAUUCGAACGAUCAUUUUCAAAAAUUACCGGUAAAAAAGAUCCAACCGUUACAGUGCGGGGAAAAACCUGAAAUCGUCGCUGAAAUUAGCAACGUAACGUUCAAGAAACAAUUAGACAAAAUCGCAUCGAUCUAUAGUUUUUUAUUGCAGCGCAAUUAUGUGUUAAACAUAACUGCGGAAUUGUGUUUCUUGAUUACAUUACUCCUUCAAAAGCAGCAAGAGCAUUCGGAAAAUCACCCCAUGAAAGAAAAUUUCGACAAACCAGAGAUCAUAUUUUGCAAUCCCCACAACAGAGUGUACUUUUCUGCAAAAGUGCUUGAAAAUAACAUAUUCCUUUUUUAUAUAUUAGACAGACCCUCGUUAAAAUUACUAUUGGACAAUAAAAACUUGAAAAACUUUUCUCAUUCGACUCAUAAACAGAUAGAAACGAUUUACGAAUCGAAAGUCGAAAAACCGAUAGAAGUACUGAAGGCUGAUGCAGACCUCAAUGUCUGCUUCAUAUCGGACACGGACAACAGAGAAAAUUUCGCCUCGAAUCUUUCUUUUCACGCGUUCAGGAAGCAAAGGGACGUUUUCUACGAAAUAUUACGUAUUUGGGAAACGAAUCACUUGUUACCAAAUUGGAAUUUUGGUGUUGCGCUCGGAAGUAAAAUUAAAUAUAUUUUUAACAUGCAUCCAGAUCCUACAAAUUUCAUGCACUUCUGCAGACUGUUCAAAGCGCAACUUUUAAAAAAUUGUGUGAAAAACGGGAAGGAAGUCGAAAGUAACGAAAACGAUUUUUCGACCUUGUCCUCCCUUUCUGGGAUGACUUCGGAAAAGUUUUCUUUACUAAAAAGCAGAAUAACAACAAAACAAUUCAGCAAUGGAAUAAAUACUACUCCGACGUUCACUGACCAUCAGGAAUUUUAUAAAGAAUUCCUGAUAGUUGCCAGCAAUUAUACUUUCUAUUCCCAUCUCAAAGAUCAAUUCAUUUCCGAUAUAAUAGAACUUAACGAUUUUAAAUUUGACGACUACGAAAUAGCCAACGAUAAAACGGAAACUUACUCAAAUUCUUCCGCAAAAAAGUCGUUUAUAGUGUGCUUAAAGUCGUUGAGGAUUUUGGCAAAGUUUUUGGGCUUCUUGCAGUCUUUUCCGUACAAAAACGACGCCCCUGGUAACAUAUUACCUGCAAAAGUUUUAAAAUGUCAAAUAGAAAUCCGAAGUCAGAUCCGGCCUAGUUUGAAUUUGAAAAGUAUAUUAGAAAAUUCAAUAAAAAAUAAAACUUUAGUGAUAACGGUACCGUGGGUGACGAAAUACAUUUCAAUGUUAGAUUAUGUUGAAUUAAGGCUUCCUAGAUUUUUAGAGGUCUACGAAAUUUUAUUCUAUAUUCACAAAAGUUUCUCUCUUGACGAAACGGUUUCGAAAACAUAUUUAUUUUCAAAUGCAAAUUUUAAUUUAUUCAGUGUCAUUUUAAUUAAAUUGUGUUUGGGAUGGUUGUUCGACCUGCCCCAUUUCCCGGAAAGUUUAUAUUACGAAUGGUGUUUUAAAAACGGUGCUGCAUCAAAAGCAGCCCAGAGCUCAAUUUUUUUAAACACUGCGGUCGAUUCUUUCGAUAGUUUAGAUGUUGUUGAUCAAAAUAUUUUACAUAUUUGUUGUCCCUAUCUCGACGAAAUAAAAAAAAUAUUGUCCAGUAGCAGUAAUGCCUUAAAUUCGAACAGUAGGGUCAAACAUAUAACUCCCGUGACUGCAGUGUCCUCUUCUAGUGAGUUAAUGAAGAAAAAAGUACAAUACCAAUUGGAAGAAGCGUUUUUUAAUGGUCAACCGGCUUCUGUUAGAAAAACAGUUGAAUUUGUUAGUGAACGUGUUGCUUCCGCCUGCGUUAAACAAAUUUGUUACGAAAUUGUGCCAGAGUUUAAGAGGAAGGCCCAGGAGGACCUCAAAGAUAUUUUAUUAAAAUUUGUUAACGACAAUGUCUCAGAAAAUGAAUUAAAUGCAGUUGUUAGGACAAAAAUAAACGAAUUUUCCGUUAAAAAAGUUAGCGAAUUAGAAGAACUGAUUGAAAAUACUGUCGAUAAACAAAUAUCAGAUCGAGUACCUGUUUGUUGCGAUUUGUUGCUUUCUUUUGACGCUUUACCACAAACAAGAAAAGUUUGCGGAGUUAUUUCUUGUAGAAUGUGCAAAGAAAAGGUUUCGGAAUGGGUUAAGACCCACAUCACGGCAAGCACCUUUUCGAAAGAUUACGAAUCGGUUGUUAAGGGCAUAAGGGGCAAAUGUGAAAAGGGCACCAGAUUGGACUUUUUACCGUGUGAAAGUCAUAAUGAUAACGCGUUAGGACCUGCCACCCUGUUAGACCAGAUAAGGGGUUUUAUUUGGGGUUUGAUGGACAAACCCCAAAUUGUGACCCCUUCUGCCAUUAGGGAUUUAUUCGGGACGAUUUCUACGACGUUUCGUCAACGGGAAGACGUCAGCAAGUUCAGUUAUCAUGCAGUCAACCAAAUGACAGUGGAUUUGGUAUUAAAUUUGGUAACGCACGUGCCUAAGCUGACGGAUAAAAUUUUUAUAACCGAAGUCGUGUUACCGUUUUUCAAAAAUAUUGACAAUUCCGACGAUUUGUUCGAAAAUUUAAUUUGCCCGCGGAACGUAAUGCUCUUGGCCCAGUCCCCCGAGGGUCAGAGUUCGUGGAAAUGUCUGGCUGUUUUUUUAAGUUUAAUUUUAAAGGAACAUCUCAUGUCUCUGGAACAAUUCGAAGCCCAAGUUGUGGCACUGUAUAAAAAUUCGUGGGACGAGGCAACGCUAAAAACCCUUUCGCGGUUUUACCAGGACGUCAUCGAUACUUGUAGCGAAUGGGGGGAAUGCACUGAAGAUAAAUUUGCAUUUUUAAUUAAUUUUUUAUCAGAAUAUUGCUCAGACUUGUAAUCUGUUCUUAAGAUUAGCUGUUUACAAUUUUAUAUCUAUUUUAGUUUUACAUGCGUUUAUUUGUAACU